GGACUUAAAACAUGUGGCAGCACGUGAAUUUGUCAGUCGUGUGCUAGGCAGAAGUGGAAACGUAAAGCAAUGGCACCGACUGCUGCCGCCAUCACCGUCCUCCCGCUGUUUCUGUUUCCGUGUCUUUUGGUGGCUAUUCCUCACAAGUUCAUAUUGAAGGUGCACCCGGAGUGUGGUCCUAAUGUGAAGAGUGUAGCGAAGGUCAAGAUCGUCACCGAUCUGCACUUGACGGGCUUUGCCAGAUGCAAAGAUGGCAAGAAUUACUAUUUCCAAACCUUCAACUACGUGAACCACGAGCUGAAUGUCUCGUACACGGGAACUGGCUGCGUGUUCUUUAAAAUGGGCACAUCUAGUGUGUUUACCGUCCCCAUUUUCAUCCAAUGGGGGUCGCCCGAUAGUCCACUGCAGACAAGUGAGGAACAGUACCAAAUCACGUGUACCUUCGACAAGAAUGGGGAGAGUAAAAGUGAAUUCAAGAUCAUUACUGAAGCACUUCUCGCCCCACGGGAGAUCCAGACAAAUCUUGGGCCAUUGGCCAAAUCUGGAUAUACACUGGAAAUGACGGACGUACUUGGGAAUGAACUCCCGAGCACUGUAGACAUCGGGAGGAUGGUGAAGAUAACGGCAAAGUCAGAUGGGCGGGAUGGGGAGUCUGGACUCAGAGCGCUGUCAUGCGAUGUCGUUGGGGUCAAGACUACGAAGAGAUACGCCAUUUUAAAAGCUGGUUGCGGUGACGGCAUAAUCUUCGACCAGAAGGCAGGGUUCACGACGAAGGGUCUGACAUCGGUCAGCCCAUUCUUUGCCUCCUUCAACCUCUUUAAGGACGAAGAACUGUUCUUUGACUGCAACUUCACGCUCUGCAAGAAGGCUUGUGAUGGGAGUUCCUGUGCUACCGUUCGCCGGAAGAGAUCCAUGGAUAAUGAUCUGUCUGGAGAACGUGUCGAAAACAUUGCCUCUAACGCUGUCAACGUGGAAAUGGAUGACUCGGUAGUUAAGCUCACGGAGAUUCCUGGUCCUGCCGAGCGCCCCUCUCCUACGGGUGAUCUUUAUUGGAGGGUUCUAGCGACCAUGCACUGGGAGUAUGCGAUGCUGUCCCUAUCCUUGACAAUCACAUUUCUGGUCGUUAUAUUGGUCGUCAGGUCUGUUUCCACCAGACCCAUUGCAAAGGAACCAGACAUUAAACCCACUUAACACUUGCAAAGAAAUGCCUAUUAAAUCGACCUCGAAUUGAU